GAUUGCUUGGAGGUGAAGAAUUCCUUAAACUUUCCAAACAUCAUGGCAUCUAUACCAACUUUUUCACGCACGGACCUCGCUAUUCUUUCAGAACUCUCUCCUGAUGAGUAUGAAGCAAGGCUGCAUAAAAUACAAGAAAAGAAGGGGUUCAUAUGCGAUAUGGAUGGUGUUAUAUACCAUGGGAAUUUGCUGCUACCUGGAGUCAAGGAAUUUAUUUCCUGGCUAUUGAAGGAAAACAAAAAAUUCCUCUUCUUGACCAACAAUUCUGCACCUACUCCGCGCGAACUUUCCCAAAAGCUCGCUCGCCUGGGGCUCGCCGUAUCAGAAGAGCAUUUCUACACGUCCGCCAUCGCCACUGCCAAAUUCCUACAAUCCCAAAAACCACAUGGAGGAACUGUGUAUGUCAUUGGCGAACCAGGGCUCACGUAUGCUUUGUACGAAGCUGGGUUUACAAUGAAUGAUUCGAACCCAGAUUACGUGGUGAUUGGGGAAGGAAACAGUCACAAUUUUGAAAAGAUCACCCGCGCAGUGAAUCUCGUCGCCCGUGGUGCCAAAUUGAUUGGGACGAAUCCCGAUGUUAAUGGCCCAAGUGAUGCGGGCAUUGUGCCUGCAACGGGUGCCUUUUGCGCGGCCGUGGAACUGGCAUCUGGUCGAAAGGCUUUCUAUUGUGGAAAGCCAAGUGCAUUGAUGAUGCGAUAUGCUGCAAGCAUUCUGGGCACCAACAAAGACGAAACCUGCAUUAUUGGGGAUCGCAUGGACACUGACAUUUUGGCGGGCGUCUAUGCUCAGAUCGAUCCAGUUCUUGUGCUGAGCGGCGUUACCAACCGAUCCAAUCUUUUUGAGCAAGCAUAUAGACCUUUUAUAGUGUUGAAUGGUGUUGGGGACAUGGUGGUAGAAAGCAAGCGCGAGGAUGAAUGAAACCGUUGCAUAAGAGAUGUUCGUUGCAUAAGUUUCGCAGUCUUUUGAAAUGCUUCUUCAUUGGAAAUCCCUCCCUAAAAAAAAGUUUUGUUUCGGAUCCGCC